CCCUGACAGGUUCUUCUCACUCCAAUCUGUCCUUCUGUCUCGGCAAACAAAAAGAUCUCGGAACUGAAGUCCCACAAAGACCAUUUGAAACAAUGAAUGAAUUUAAUCAGCAUGGUCUCCAUAAAAACAUGUUUGUCUUAGUGUUGAUGCUGUGCGCGCCUCAAUGCUGUCACGCGUUCAACUUGGAUGUGAGGUUUCCAGUCGUCAAAGAGGGAAAAACUGCAGGGAGUUUAUUUGGACUUUCAGUUGCACUUCAUGAACAGGUUGUGGGAGAGAAACGAUACUUACUUCUUGUAGGAGCACCAAAGGAGAAGGCAGAGUCUGGACUGCCAGCCAAUGAGACUGGAGACAUGUAUGCCUGUCCAAUUACUGCAGACCCCAAAGACUGCCAAAGACUGAAUCUUCUCCAAUCCAGUCCUGAAGACCUCCCAGAUCCUAAAAUUGAUGUGAUAGAAGGAAUGUGGCUAGGUGUUUCUGUAGCCAGUCAAAGUCAACCAGGCGGUCGUAUAUUGGCCUGUGGCCAUCGUUAUGUCCGGAACAUAACGGCCAACCUUCGCAUGAUUGGGAAGUGCUAUAUCCGUGGAAAUAAUUUAAUGUAUAACAAGGAUGACUCUGAUUGGCAGUCACACAAUGAGUUGUGUGACCCCAGUGGAACUAAGGAUGAUGAAGGCCUGUGUCUUGCUGGAAUGUCUGCUGCCAUCACUCAGACCGAUGUCAUCUUGGGAACGCCUGGUUGCUACAACUGGCAAGGGAAUGCAUUUCUGAACUGGCAUGACUCAAAAAAUCCUGAGUAUAAUCUGAAGAUCAAUUUUCCAGAUAUGAGCCGAGGGAAUAUUUACAUUGGUUACUCUGUAGCUAUAGGUAAAGGUGUACUAAGCAAAGAGAAAGACACACUGGUAACAGGAGCCCCAAGGGAUGGAGCCAAAGGAUCGGUGAUGAUGGCUGAGUUUUUCAAAACGGCUAAAAUGGAUGAAAAACUCAUGUUGAGUGCCACUAUCAUGGGGGAGCAAGUUGGAUCCUAUUUUGGCAACAGCAUUGCUGUUGUGGACCUUAAUAAUGAUGGUUGGAAGGAUCUGAUUGUUGGAGCACCUUUCUAUUUUGAUCGGAAGAAAGAAAAAGGCGGGGCAGUGUAUAUCUACAUGAACCAGAAUGGAUCUUUUCAUGACAAAGCUGACGUGAUCCUCACUGGGCCGAAAGACUCCGCUUUUGGCAUGGCUGUUGUUGCUAUUGGUGACGUUAACCAAGAUGGCUUCCAAGAUUUUGCUGUUGGUGCUCCAUAUCAUGGAAAAGGCAUGGUGUUUAUAUGGGUAGGCAACAAAGACGGGAUUUUCCACAAUGCCAGUCAGAUUAUUUACGGAAAAGACAUCCCAGGUGCUGGAUUCCAGACAUUUGGCUACUCCAUCAGUGGUGGCAUGGAUGUGGACAGGAACAGUUACCCAGAUAUAGUAGUUGGAUCAUUAGAUGAUCGAGUGGUCUUGCUUAGGGCACGUCCUGUAAUUCACCUAAAGAAGAUUUUCACUGUAACACCAGAGGUUAUCGACCCUAAUGACUGUGAUUCCUGUAUUGAGGCAAAACUCUGUUUCGCCUACACACCAAGCACUGGCAGUACCAGCUCCACUAAAAGUAUUACUUUGAAAUAUACAGUGGAAGCUGAUCAAUUUCAUCGGAGUCCUCGUGUUCAUUUCCUUGACAACAAAGAAGGCAAAUUCACUGAUGAAAUAUCCAUUACUUCUUCUGGUGAAUGUCAUUCUCUGAAACUCGAGCUGGCGUCCAAGACAAUCCAAGAUAAGGUGUCCCCAAUAGUUUUCUUGUUUAGUGUGUCAUUGGUGGAGCCUUCUCCCUCAGGCAAGCAGUCGGUGGAGGAUCUCAGUGCUUUUCCUGUCAUUAGCCAGGGAGACACUCUGAUGGUCAAAAAAGAGAUUCACAUUCAGAAAGCCUGUGGAUCAGAUAACAAGUGUGAGAGCAACCUUCAAAUGACGGCAAUAUUCACAGAUGAGCAGAACAGACCUUUUCCAAUGCAGAAUGGCCGCCAGAUAUUCAACUACACUUUUGAUACAAAGAAGCUACGAUUGGUGGUAACUGUAUCCAAUAUCCCGUCAGAGGGCAGGAUCGCAGAAGAUGCUUACAGUGCUCUACUAAAUGUCACCUUUCCCACCUCACUUAGCUUCUCCAGCCUGAGCCCCAAGAACUUGAGUGCUGAAUUGUCAGAUGAGUCUUUUCUUCAAUGUAUGCUGGGGGACCCUUUCAAAAGCAAUCAAAGGAUGGAGAUUGAUAUCACCUUUGAAACAUCAGGAAUCACAAUAGAUAUGCAAGAGAUUCAGAUUGAUCUGCAAAUCACAACGCGGAGUGAUCAGAAUGAUCUAUGGCCCCUGACGAGAGUGCUGGUGGUGGAGUACAUCCUACAGCCCAGCUUGCGUGUACUUCACUCUAAGUUUGAGACAGAAUGCAGUGGGAAAGUAGUAGGAGAAUCAGCCAUGAAAUCCACUAGUGAUAUCGGAAGCCCAGUGGAAUUCAACUUCACGGUGGACGUUCCUGGAAAACCUCUGGGAAAUCUGAGUUUUCUAGAAGUAGUCUUUCAAUGGCCUUAUGAAGUGUCUAAUGGGAAGUGGCUACUUUAUUUGUCAGAGAUUCAAAUGACAGGAACCUCCAAGUCAUUCUGUGUCCCUGAAAAGAACAUAAUAAAUCCCCUCAAUCUAACGGUGUCGGAGCAUAAAUCUGGGAGUAGGAGGAAGAGGAGAGAUGAUGCCUCAGUUGAGUCUGAAUAUGCCAAGCCACAGGCCUCCCUGAACUCACGGGAUGUCAGGAAAACUGUCAAACUAGACUGCACCACAGGCACUGCCCUCUGUCAAACCUUUACAUGCCCCUUGCUAGGCAUGGGCACCUCAGCCACACUCGUUGUCAGAGCGCGUUUAUGGAACAGCACAAUUAUUGAGGACUACACAGGUUCAGAAAUAUUAGUGUCUGGUAAUGCCACCUUGAGUUUGAAAACAGACAAACCUAACAUCAAGAUGAUCAACGAUGCCUGUGAGUUCUCAGUAUUUAUUGAGUCUGCAGGGACAGAAAAGGGUCCAUAUGAAGCACCUCUCUGGAUAAUCAUUGUGUCUGUCCUGGCAGGAGUAAUUCUGUUGGGUUUGAUUGUCAUUCUCAUGUGGAAGUUUGGCUUCUUCAAGAGGGCCAACACCAGAGAGCUUUAUGAGGCCAAGGCCCAGAAAGCUGAGAUGAAAACACAGCCAUCUGAAAAUGACCGCCUUACUGAGGACGACUGAGAUUCGUUGGCCUUUUGUGGGCCUCUGACACAAAUUGCAAGAGUGGGUUUUUUUUAAUUCAGCGGGCUGCCUAUUUCAGAACUAUGCCAAAAUACCAAGGAGUGAAGAUAUGUAAGAAGGAACAGUAUCAGGGCUUUUUGAUUGUGGGAACCAACAAGAAACACUGGAUCACAAACUGGACUGAACAAUAACAGUACUACUGAUGAAAGCACUCUCAAACUGUCUCUCCUAGACAGUGGAAUGAGAAGACACUUGAGAAUUGUUUAUGUAUUAAAAAGAAUGGAAUCUUCUUGGAAUCUAUCUUGCUCAUUACAAACUGUUGGACAGGAACUGAUUUUAUAGAAUGUAAAUAUGUAAAUUUUGUUACUGUUUUUCAACUGAAGACAUGUUAUAUAUGUAUGUUUUAUUGCUACCACAUCUUAAUUGUCUUUCUUUUGCAUUUAUCCGUGUGAUGAUUUUUACCUUUUAUGUCACUUAACUAAAAAUAGAACAGUAUUUUGUGCUGAAAUGGUCUGAUGCUUGCUAACAUGCAGUGCUAAGAUGUUAUGGCCAGUCAUGACACUCUUUCUGUCCUCUUUUUUGGUAUUUGGUUUAGAUAUUUAGAUGGCUUUUAUCACAAUUUUUAUCUUGAAUCAGGUCAAGUGUAUGUGAAACAGUGAUGGAUUGUUUUACAUAAGCAAUUAGUGCCGCAUUCUUAAAGGGAUAGUUCAACCAAAAAGGAAAAUUCUCUCAUGAUUUACUCAAUCUCAUGACAUCCCAGUCUGUGUGACUUUCUUUCUUCUGCUGAUAACAGUUUUUUUAGAAGCUUUGUGGGUCAAUACAAUGCAAGUGAAUGGUGGACAGAAUUUUGAAGCUCCAAGAGGCACAUAAACGCAGCAUAAAAUAAUCCAUAUAACUCCAGUUAUUUAAUCCAUGUCUUCAGAAGUGAUCCAUUUGGUUUUGGUAAGAACAGACCAAAAUGUAACUCCUAUUUUGCUAUAAAUCUUGACAUCAGCAGUCUCCUUGGAGAUCAUGAUUUCAAGCUCGUUUCCAUUUUCAUAGCACCAUCUAGAGCUCUGCGCAUGCAUCCAUGCAUUUGCAAUGGCAAAACCAAUAAAACUAGUUUUAUGGAUUAUUUGUAUGCUGCUUUAUGUGCUUUUUGGAGUUUCAAAGUUUUGGUCACCAUUCACUUGUAUAGGAUGGACCUACAGAGCUGAAAUAUUCUUCUAAAAAUGUCUGUGUUCUGAAGAAGAAAAAAGUCAUUAACACGUAUGGCAUGAGCAUGAGGCAAAUGAUAAGAUAAUUUUCAUUUUUUGGUGAACUAUCCCUUUAAGUGUGAAUCAUGUCUGUUAACGCAGGAUGGUAAACACACACACACAAAUAUAUUCGUAGCCUAUGCAAUUGGGACGGUACCUACUCAAAUUCAGCCCAUUUUAGCUCCACUCUGGUGUCUGUCGCUUUUAUGAAGUGUGUGUGUGAUGUGUACAUGCUCUAAUAGUUUGUGAGCGAAUUUCACACUCAAGCUUUCAAAUAUCUCGUGGGAAUUCAUGUAGUUUGUGUGAUGGAAAUGUGAUGAUUACAUUUGUCAUGAUUUUGUGGAUAUGAUGUUUUGAUACAGUGAUUUAUUUCUGUAUUUAAAAUGUUUCAUUAAUUGAGUGACUGAUGUUUACAUGUCUGUCUUAAAUGUUCGUAUGUAUUUUAAAAUAAUUACUGCGCUCUCAUGUGUCAUCCUGCAAAUCUAAGUAGCUGAAAGCUGCUAUCAAAAGCUCGCGCAUUAAUUAGUUCUUAAAGCUACCGUAGAAAAUGAAUAAAGUGAUAGCU